AUGUCUCAUGUGGAUGAAGCAUCCCGCCAGCUGUCCAGAAGUGGGAAAAGCCUCUAUGCAGUGCUGGAGCUUAAGAAGGGCGCCUCGCCCGAUGAAGUAAAAAAAUCCUACAGGAAACUGGCUUUGAAGUAUCAUCCAGACAAGAAUCCAGGAGAUCCUCAAGCAGCAGAAAUAUUCAAAGAGAUCAACACAGCCCACGCCAUACUGAGUGACCCUACGAAGCGGAAAAUCUACAACCGGCAUGGCUCAUUGGGAAUAUAUGUAUACGAUCACUUUGGCGAAGAAGGCGUCAGAUACUAUUUUAUAGUGAAUAGUUGUUGGUUCAAGACACUUGUCCUCCUAUGUUGCCUGCUCACUUGUUGCUGUUUCUGUUGCUGCUGUUGCUUUUGCUGUGGAGCACUUAAGCCACCGUCUGAGGAGACAGCUAAGAGAAGCAAUCAACAGAAUGUCCGGAAUCAGCCUUCGAGAACAGGGUGGUAUGAGAAAAGGCUGGGCAAGGACAAAAUGAACCGGAAGUGUUAG